AUCAUGUGGAUGAUUUGAACCCAUCAACUAACACUGAAAAUUGUCAAAAGAAGCUCCCUUUUCUCCAAGUAACACAAAAUUGUAAAAAGAUGGCAACUUGAGUACUACUGUAGUAGCUUGUUACUUUAAACCACAAAUUACAAAGUAUUAAAUCUGGUUCCCUAAGUGUAUAUAUAUGCAUCUAUAGAAAGAUAUGCAAGUUGGUGUAUCGUUUCUUUUCUUUCUCAAGUAGGGACCAAGCAUUUCUCAUUAGUCUCCACUUUUCUUCAACCAAACAUUUUAUUUUUCAUAAACACACCUUGAAGAUCAGUGACUUGUUUUAACUGAAGAUGGAGUUUUGUGCUUACCCUUCUCAUUCUUUGCAGCCUUUUCCUCCGGCUUCUUCGGUUUCUUUUGGUGAUGCUGUGAUCAGGGUUAAAGAAUAUGCAAGCUCUGCUGUUUCUGUGAUUCUGGGCAAUGUUUUUUCUGUCAUUUUCACUUUUCUCUUUGCAUCAGGGACUUUCUUAGGGGCCAUGACUGGGGCUUUGAUAGGCCAAGAGACAGAGAGUGGUUUUGCUCGGGGGGCUGCUGUCGGAGCCAUAUCUGGUGCUGUUUUCUCUAUUGAGGUUUUCGAGUCAUCUCUGACUCUCUGGCAUUCUGAUGAGUCUGGACUUCGCUGUGUUCUGUACUUGAUUGAUGUUCUGGCAAGCCUAUUAAGUGGUAGACUCGUUCGUGAACAAAUUGGUCCAGCCAUGUUAAGUGCAGUGCAAAGUCAGAUGGGAGCUGUUGAAACACAUUUCGAUGAGGCAGAAAACAUUUUUGAUACAGGAGGGUCCGAUGGGUUGGCAGGAGAUUCGGUUGACAGAAUUCCCAAGGUAAGAAUCACAAAGGAAAACAACAUGGAUGCCACUGGUGAAAAAGUGUGUUGUUCAGUUUGCCUUCAGGAUUUUCAGCUAGAAGAGACCGCAAGAAGUUUACCUCAGUGUCAUCAUCUAUUUCAUCUACCUUGCAUCGAUAACUGGCUGGUGAGACACGGCUCAUGCCCAUUAUGCAGGAGGGAUCUAUGAUAAGCUUAUUACUAGCAGUACUAAUAUUGCAAGAAGAGAGCUCUGUGAUGGCUUAUUUCGGGUAUCAGGUUUUGUUCUAUAUGUCACCGCGGUGCUGUGUAUGUGUACAUACUCCGUUAUUACAGUUUACUCAGAUCUAGCUAGUUUAAAAAUUCGCACAAUGUAGAAAAUAUAGAUAUGUGUAUCUUUGACUCGUGUUUGCUAAAUGCCUAGCCUGCAUCUCUAUAUAGUAUAUGCACAUGAACAAGAUUUUGGGUGUAA